UCUGCAGGUCACAAAACAAAAAAAGUUCGUAAAGCGCAGCGCCCAACAAGAAUAAAUUGUUUGACAGUUUUUUGGUGUUUGUAAACACGCCAAAUUAAAAUCAUUUUUGGAAAAAUCUGCCCAGCCAGUCGAAGAUUCUAUGAGCUAUUCCUCCAGCUAGUGAACGAUUGCUGGGGGAAAGAAGAGUGAACUACGGAAACAGUGUACCACGGCUAUAUGUGAACACUUUGUGUUGCAUUGCAUCUAGACUAGAUUUCGCUGCAGCAAACUUGAUUCAAUAUUGUGCUUUUGUGUUUGGAAAUAUUCUGCCCAGAGAAAAAUCAAAAAUCUCGCGGUUUUGAGUUGCUUUACAUUACUCCCUUCACCAGCGUAGACGCUGUGAAUGUGCUGACAUAUUGGCUAUAGUGGAUUAUUCGCUUAGGCGCACCAGAAGAAGGGCAUCGACCGAGCACGGUUCGAGAGCAGUGAAUGGCUUAACGGAUCUUCCGGUCACUUCAAUAGUAUCACCAGGAGUAGGUUAUCAACUCAUCCAGGACUCGCUAAUAGAUCGCAACACGAUGGAGCAAUUGCAGCUACAAACAACCGAAAUGCCCUUCUGUCGGCUCUGCUUCACCCAAGGCGUCGAGCUGUAUGAAAUCUUCCCGGGUGCUGGCAACGACAACGAAUCUCUGCUUAUUAAGAUUAUGGACUGCGUUACCGUGGCCAUAACUUUCGAUGAUGACUACAACUCGUAUAUCUGCGCCAAGUGCGUGACUACCGUGGAGGAAUUCUACGAUUACAAAGAGAAGUGUAAGGAAAAUGACGCUCUGUUGCGAGAGAAACGCAAAGCUGUCGACCAGACCGCCAUUUAUAACGUGGUCAACAUGCCGUCGGAGGAGGAGGUCGCCAACAGUAACGGCAGCAAUGGUACAGCCCAGGAUCCGUUAGGUUCCAUGGACGAUCAGCAGAUGACGCUCGAACAUCGUAUUAGCCUAGAAGGCGGUCCGCCGCUCAACGGAAACAUAAUCGAAUUUAAGAAGCAGCUGUUUACGGCCUCGCCAGAACAGCUUGGCAUUUGGAUUUGCGUUGCAUCCGGUAGUGACAUUCAGUGCCCGGCAAUGAUUCAGGUCGACGAGAAUGUGCAGGUGGUAGCAGAAAUUGGACAACACAACCAUGGACUUCCGGUAUCAGUAACUGACAAUCCUCCGCCAGAUUCAAAGCCACCAAUGUUGACUCCACCGCUGCAGCAACAGCCAAUACAGCCACCGCAACAACCACAAUCUUCACAGCAGCAAUCAGUUGUACCACAACCGAAAGCUUCCGUGGCGCCUAGUAGCAGCACCACUACAGGAGGUGCUGGCAAGAAACGCAAGGCAAAGGAUCAACCGAGCAAGCGAAAGAUUUCCAACGACAUCCUAGUUGGUGACGGUUGGUUGGUGGAUGUAGAAACUCAAAAGCGGCACCAUUAUCAGCUCGUCACAAAAGAUGGUUAUCAGACUUUCCUGAUCUUCAAUGGAUAUCGUUUCCGUACGCAACAGAAAAUUCGCAAUGGUAUUGCUUCAUGGAAAUGUGCCUGGAAUGGACGCAAAGGUUGUCAGGCAAUCCUGCAUAUCACUGAAGACUAUCAGAAGGUAAAGGAGGUCGGCAAUCCUCACAAUCACGAACCUUCGUUGAGAGACCGAAUGAUAUCUGGCAAACCGUCCAAUGGUAACGACGGUGCGCUGAUAGCAUCGGAUGGAGAGGAAAGCCUACAUGCCGGCGCGGAAUUACAACAAAUCACUAUUGCCGCAACUGUUGCGAGCCAUGCCGGCAGCAGCAAUAACAACAGUAUCAAUGCACAGACAGUAGCUACCACGACACUGGGCAAUGCAGUUACGGCAACCGUAACCGGAGGUGUCUCAAGUUCGAUUACCAGCAAUGCGGUAACGAAUCUCAGCGCGGUCUCUACCACCACCGUCAGCCACAGCUCGUCGCUGGACCAUUUGUCCACAGCGGAGAUCGUAGAUUUUGUCCAGCAAAGCAGCAGUGGCAGUGACCAACUGGUGACAACGGUGGUGGACGCCGAUGUCCACAACGCAGCCGUGGUUGGAGGUGUCGGUUCGGUUGUUAGCGUCGUCGACGAUGACGUGGGUAAAGAUGACAUGCCGAUGGACAUUGAAGAAAUUAUACGUCCACAUGUCGUUCUUCAUGCGGCUAAUGAAUAAAUGCAGAAAUUGAAUUGUAAAUCGGAAGCAACAAAAACAAAAUAUGAACGGACGAAAAUUCUUAGCAUAAGCCAACAAUGCGGAUAUUCUCAACCCUAAAAUAUAUAUUUUUAAAUUGUGUAGCCUCAUGAGCGCAGGAUCCUAGGGGUUUUAAGCAAGAAGAUUAGUUUUUAAGAUUUACAAAUACGGAAUUAAGUUAAGUGAGACGGCAAGCAGUAUGAGUUUGAAAAAAUAUCCGGUAAUUAUG